UCCCCGUGACCCUGAAAAAGGAUUAAGCGAUAUAGAAGAUGGAUGGAUGGAUUUAACAUUACAGUGACACAAACUCAAGAUGCUUGGAGUAUAUUCGAAGAAAAUGUUCUACUAACUCUGACUCCAUACUCUGAUUCUGACUUGAUUAAGAAGGUGUGGUUGGGCCUCUUUUUGAUGUGACAUUCAAAGCUUGUACCCUUAAUACUUAAGUGUACUGUUGGAGUGCCAUUGUUCAGAAACACCUGAAUGAAACUAACUUUACCAUUCAGCAUCACCGCUCACUCAGCUGUGCGCUAAUUCCUAAUUGUUAGACAAUUAUCUCUAAUUUCUAACCUGGGGAAAGGAGGUGUGAUUUGGAACACCUGAGAACAAUUUAGUACAUGUUUUAUUUUUUUUCUUGCCAUCUCUUAGGAUUAAAUGGGUAUUAGAAAUAGCUACAGAAACUGUCUCUAGCCAGAUGAAGGCAGAGCUGUGAAGCUUCACCUGAUCUCAUGACCACCGCAGUCCUUUCAGUGCACCUGUUCCUUCUGGCGUUAUUAUUAUGGGUAGUGUGUGAGGUUGUGGUGGGGACGUCUCAACAGGAGAAAUGUGUGUACCUGGACCGUGCACGGCAUCUCGACACUGUGGGUCUCUCUCAGGAUGGAGACGUGAUCAUUGGCGCACUCAUCAAUUUCUACAUGCUGCCACCAGCCCUUGACCUGAGCUUCACUAAAGAACCGUACCUGCAGUCCUGUUAUGAAUUUCAGGAGAGUCCUGUGCAGUGGGCUCAGGCUGUUGUCUUUGCUGUGGAGGAGAUUAACAGAAACCCUUCUUUGCUGCCGGGGGUUCGACUGGGCUACCGUAUCAUGGAUAGUUGCUCGCGUUAUCCUCAUAGCCUGAGAUCAGUGAUGUCCAUCAUCAGUGGAGGGAACGGCACCUGUGAGACCACCCGGUCUAGCAAAAUUAUCAUUGGAGACUCUACUUCUACACAGUGUAUGAUUCUGUCCAGAGUUCUGAGUCCACUGCAUGUACCAAUGAUCAGCUACCUGGCUACAUGUGUGUGUCUCAGUAACAAACGAAAGUAUCCCAAUUUCUUUCGCACCAUCCCCAGUGACAUGUAUCAGGCUCGUACCAUGGCCCAGAUGGCCAAACGGUUCGGUUGGACCUGGGUUGGUGCUGUGGUGGAGGAAAAUGACUAUGGGCUCCAGGCAGUGCAGGCGUUUAUGGAGGAAACAAAAGGUACCGGCAUCUGCCUAGCUUUUGUCAGUACUAUCUUCCGUGAGCGAUUGGCAAAAGAUGUGGAUCAUGCCGUGACGGUGGUGCAAAGCUCAUCUGCUCGUGUGAUCAUGGUAUUUGUGUGGGAUAUGGACUUGGAAGUGUUCCUCACUGAGCUGGUUCGCAGAAACGUGACAGACCGACAGUUCCUUGCCAGUGAGAUUUGGAGUACCAGUAGUCAUCUAUUGAGCAACGUUGCACUCUACACCAUUACUCAAGGCACACUGGGAGUGGCUGUUAGGAGUGCACCUAUUCCCGGACUUGAGAAACACCUACAAGAACUCCAUCCCUCUCGCUAUCCUCAAGACACAAUACUGAGAGUGUUAUGGGAGAGGACGUUUGGCUGCAGCCCAGUGCAGAACAACAUGGUAGCAUCUCAGAGUGGCUUACCCCCAUGCAGUGGGAAGGAGAGUCUGGAAGGGGUACAGAAUGGUGUUACAGAUGUCUCCAACUUAAGAACCACUUAUAAUGUGUAUCUGGCUGUUUAUGCAGCUGCAUAUGCACUCCACUCUCUGCUGGCCUGCACUGCACCUAACAGUUCUGACCCCACGGUGACCCCAGGCUGCUCAUCACCAGACAUCAUCACUACACAACAGCUCUUAGAGCACCUUAAGAUGGUGAACUUCACAACUCAGCUGGGAGAGAAGUUUUAUUUUCAAGAUGGGGAGACUCCAGCUGUCUAUGACAUAGUUAAUUGGCAGAGAGGUCCUGGAGGAACCUUGCAGUAUGUCCUCAUUGGCCGACUGGAGGGUUCUAACCUCAUCAUUAAUGAAUCUGCCAUCAGCUGGCCAGGAAACUCAAACAAGGUGCCUGUGUCUGUGUGCACUGCUGAAUGCCCCCAUGGGACACGCAAAGCUAUAAGGAAGGGCCUGCCAGUUUGCUGCUUUGACUGCCUGCCCUGUGCUGAAGGCGAAUUCAGCAAUGUCACAGGCUCACUACAAUGUUAUCGUUGCCCCCCAGAAUUCUGGUCCAACAGUCUCAGGACUGCAUGUGUACCACGUGAGGUUGAGUACCUCUCCUUCAACGAGACAAUGGGCAUCACUCUGACGACUGUUGCUGUGUGUGGUGCCAUGAUGACAGCAGCUGUGGGUGUGGUUUUUGUGUACUACAGGCAGACUCCUAUCGUCAAGGCCAACAACUCUGAGCUCAGCUUCCUGCUCUUGCUGUCACUCAAACUCUGCUUCCUGUGCUCACUGGUGUUUGUGGGUCAGCCCUCAUUAUGGUCAUGCAGGCUACAGCAAGCAGCAUUCGGGAUCAGUUUUGUUCUCUGCAUCUCAUGCAUCCUGGUCAAAACCAUUGUGGUUCUGGUUGCAUUUCGUUCAGCUAGACCUGGAUCUGCAGCACUUAUGAAGUGGUUUGGACCAGGCCAGCAAAGAGGAAGUGUUCUGUUCUUUACCUGUAUUCAGGUGAUUAUCUGUGCUGUAUGGUUGUCCUUCAGCCCCCCCUUUCCUCACCGCAACUUAAGCAUUCAAGGGUCAAAGAUCAUCUUAGAGUGCAUGGUGGGGUCAGUGACAGGAUUUUCUCUGGUUUUGGGCUACAUUGGACUGUUAGCUGCCAUCUGCUUCCUUCUGGCCUUCUUUGCCCGGAAGCUUCCAGACAAUUUUAAUGAGGCCAAAUUCAUCACUUUCAGCAUGUUGAUCUUCUGUGCUGUGUGGAUCACGUUUGUUCCAGCAUACAUCAGCUCGCCAGGAAAGUACAGUGUUGCUGUAGAAAUUUUUGCCAUCCUAGCUUCUAGUUUUGGUGUUCUUAUAUGUAUAUUUGCCCCAAAAUGUUACAUUAUUUUACUCAGACCAGAAAAGAACACCAAGAAAUUCCUCAUGGGGAAAACACAAUAG